AGCUCCUGUCUUUAGCCAAACGGAAACGCAGUGACUCUGAAGAGAAGGAGCCACCUGUGAGCAAGCCCACAGCUUCUUCAGACUCCGAGACCUCGGACAGUGAUGAUGAGUGGACUGUUGGGGGUUCUAAAAACAAAAAAAAGGGAAAAGCCAGUAAGACAGAGAAGAAAGGAGCCAUGAAGAAGCAGAUGAACAAAGCUGCCUCUUCAGGCAGCUCAGAUAAAGACAGCUCUGCCGAGAGCUCAGCACCUGAGGAGGGAGAAGUCUCUGACUCUGAAAGCAACAGCUCCUCCUCUAGCUCAGAUUCAGAUUCUUCAUCUGAAGAUGAGGAAUUCCAUGAUGGCUAUGGAGAAGACCUGAUGGGAGAUGAAGAAGACCGGGCUCGCCUGGAGCAGAUGACAGAAAAGGAGAGAGAGCAGGAGCUGUUUAACAGGAUAGAGAAGAGAGAAGUGCUAAAGAGAAGAUUUGAAAUCAAGAAGAAACUAAAAACAGCAAAAAAGAAAGAAAAGAAGGAGAAAAAGAAGAAGCAAGAGGAAGAGCAGGAGAAGAAAAAGCUCACACAGAUCCAGGAAUCCCAGGUCAUGUCACAUAACAAAGAGCGACGAUCAAAGCGGGAUGAGAAGCUAGACAAGAAAUCUCAGGCAAUGGAGGAGCUAAAAGCAGAAAGAGAGAAGAGGAAGAACAGAACAGCUGAACUGCUUGCAAAAAAACAGCCAUUAAAAACUAGUGAAGUGUACUCUGAUGAUGAAGAGGAGGAGGAAGAUGAUAAAUCUAGUGAGAAAAGUGAUCGCUCAUCCAGAUCCUCAUCCUCUGAUGAAGAGGAAGAGAAAGAGGAGAUCCCUCCCAAGUCGCAGCCGGUGUCGUUGCACCGCGUGCGGCUGUCGCGGCACAAGCUGGAGCGCUGGUGCCACAUGCCCUUCUUUGCCAAGACAGUCACCGGCUGCUUCGUCCGCAUCGGCAUCGGCAACCACAACAGCAAACCUGUCUACCGGGUUGCUGAAAUCACUGGUGUGGUGGAGACUGCAAAGGUUUACCAGCUCGGUGGCACCCGCACAAACAAAGGACUGCAGCUGCGGCACGGCAGUGAUUCACGUGUGUUUCGUUUGGAGUUUGUCUCAAAUCAGGAAUUCACUGAAAGUGAGUUUAUGAAGUGGAAGGAAGCGAUGUUCUCUGCUGGGAUGCAGCUACCCACACUAGAUGAGAUAAACAAGAAGGAAGUGUCCAUCAAAGAAGCCCUCAACUACAAGUUCAACGACCAGGACAUAGAGGAGAUUGUCAAAGAGAAGGAGAGGUUCAGAAAAGCACCUCCAAAUUAUGCUAUGAAGAAAACUCAGCUGUUAAAGGAGAAGGCUAUGGCUGAGGACUUGGGGGACCAAGAUAAGGCCAAACAGAUUCAAGAUCAGCUUAAUGAACUUGAAGAGAGAGCAGAGGCCCUGGAUCGUCAACGGACAAAAAACAUCUCUGCAAUCAG